AGAUCAGGAGUGCCCCUCAAGCCGUUCCGCCUGCUGGCGGUGAUUUGAUUGUCAUUGUUAUGUACAUGCUUCAUGAUCGAGGGUGGGUCAAGUUGGCUGUGGACCAGGCGAUGCCUCACAAAUGCGGUACACUUAGCGCAUGUCCCAGAACGGACCCACCUGGGCGACGCCAAGAGAAUAACAUUAGAGGGUGCAAGCCUGUAAUACGCCUGGUUGAAAUUACAGUAACUCGAUCAAAGUUUCGAACCCUGAUCAAGGCGAGAAUUAUCCUGUUGCGUCAAUUAGGGUUGGGGUUGCCGAACUUCGGCGAUCGCCGGCUCAGUCUCUUUGUGUCCGCUUCUGUCUGGGAAAUUGUUGGGAAAGCUGCCAGCUCCCUUUUAUGUAGUAGAGCGAAUAGCGAGCUAUGCGUGCCUUACCGAAGUUACGUAAAAAGUGUCACUUUGGAUGACGUGUUCCUUCUCAUUACUCAUGUGGCCUGCUUCUCACUUUCGUCCUUUCGUUCAACCAUACAAGUCUUUCAUCUGUGCUUCACAUGGAGUCUUUAUGUAAAAGGAUUGCCGAAUUUUGAGUUGGUGAAUGUAAUUGAGUGGCAAGCACAGCCGGGUCGGAUGCAGAAGCGGUGGAGCAAAUAUUGUUGUUUGCAUCAUUCAGUUCAGUGCCACCGUUGCAUAUAUUGCUGACUGCGCUCGUUGUUUCUAUUCUGCCUGAGACUGCAUACCCCUUGGACACCACGUUCUUUCCUCUCUGCAUCGUCUUUAAGUACUACUGCCAUAACCUAUCAGUGGCCUCUAU